AUGAAUCUAAGGAGUAAAAAAAGCUAUACAACAUUAACAUAAGUUGAGUUGAAUGCUGAGACAUUUUCGAACAUUCUUUAUCAUUAUGAAUUUUAUUAAAGAAUCUCAGGGUUUUUAAGUUUAAAAGAAGUGUUAGCUCUUGGAUAAACAUGUCGUAUUUUAAAUGAAAUUGUUGAGGUUUAAGCUUAGUAAUAAAUAUAUAGAAACAUUAAGAAUUCUUUGGAGAGAUCUAUUAUAAAUUAUUUCUUAAUGAAUAACUUGAAAUGACUCUAGAUUUAAACUACCCAGAUAUUUAAAGAAGAAAUAAGAUCAGGUUAUUAAAUUUAAAUAAUUCUUGCAUAGAUUGGAAGAAUUAACUUAAAAAAAUGAUUUUAAAAAAGUAAUUUAGGCCUAACAAUUUUAAUAGAUAAAGUUUAAAAUUUCCAUUUAUUCUUUGUGAGCCUAUAAUUCCUAAGCCUAUUUUAAAAAGAGAAACCAUAGGAAUACAUUGUGAAUCAGACUUUCAAAUUAUGUUAGCUUAACGUUUAGAAUUGGAACAGAAAGGAUUUGAUAAGUUAUUUGAGUUUUAAUUUAUUGAGAAUGAAGUAAAUAUACAAUUAAGGUUAAGCUAAUGAAUUAAUUAAAACAAAAUAAAUCUUAAAUUCUAGCAGAAGCAUAGGAAAAGUUGGAACACAAUGAAUAACUUAAAAAUUAAUUUUUAUAGUGGAGAUGGAGUUUAUAGAAUUAGUCAUGUGAAUUUUAAUAAUUGUGUCUAUAAAAAAUUGGCAUUGUUGAUAAUGAAAAACAAUAAGUAUUAUAUGAAGAAGAACAAGAUGGAAUUUGUAUUUUAAAAUUAUUGGAAGAGUUUUAUACUUCAUUAUAAUAUUAUUUGGAAGGGUUAUAAAAGUAUUUUAGUGUAUAUAUAAAUGUUAAUACCAUAAACAGUAUUGAUUUGCUUAGCGAAUAUGUAAUGUAUUGGCAAGCAUAUAGUAAUGCCAUAAUGGAUUUAUCAACAUAAAUAUAUCCUUUUGAGAAUAUAAUUAAUGAGUUACAUUAAAAUUUAUUCCCAAAAUACCCCUAAUAUCCAAAAUUUUCAAUUUGGAGAGUUAUGACUAAAUUAUGGAUAAAAUAUGUAAACUUCAAAUUAAUCAAAAGAUAAUUCGGAAUGAAUAAUUCUAAGCUAUUUUAUUACAAUGUUUUAUUCGUUUACUCUCUGCAUAAAGAUAACUAAUUUUCAAAAAAGAAUUCGAUUAAGGAGUUAGUGAAGAUCUUGAAAAUACUUAAUCAUUUUAAAUCACUUAUGAAAUUUAUGAUAAUUUUUUACUUAAGCAAAGAAUUAGUGAAAAAGAUCAAUUUUAAAUUGAUACUAACCAUUAAUUCUAUACUGAAGUAAUAGAUCUAUUAAGAAAGUUCUGUUUAUCAAUUUAAGAUAUCUCAAUUAGUGAAGUCAAUUAUAAUUAUUAAAUUAGGUAUCUGUACAUUGGAUAGGUCAUAAAGAUUGUUGUUAUGAAGAAUUUUAUGAAUAAUUAAGUGAGAAAAUAUAAUAUGAAACUAGUUUAUAUUAUGAUGAGAAUAGAUAAGUAUUUGGAUCAAACAUUAUUUCAUUUAUAGAAUUUAUAAAAUUUGAUUAGGAGUAAAAAUGAUAAAUUUAUUAAUUCAUUUUUAGAUUUCUAUAGCAAAUUGUGCCAGAAGCUUUUAUGUUCAAAAUUGAAAAUCUUUAGAGAGAACAUAUAUAUACAUCCUUAUAUUAUUAUCUAGAAUUUUAAUAUCUUUAGAAGUUUGUAUAAACAAAUAAAGAAUAAAUUAUACAAGUGUAUACAACUUCAAGACCAAAAUCUCCUAAAUAAGAGCGUAUUUCUAUAUCAUCAUCUUAAAAUAAUGAGCAUCUUGAAACAUAAGGGGAUUCUAAUCUAAAUGAUGCUCAAAGAUUUUUUAAUUUGUGUUUGGAAAGCAAUUUAGAUAUAGAAGAAAUUUUAAUUAAAGAAAAAAAUAAAUAUUAAUCUGAUCCUUUGUAAGAAAUCAUUAAAGUAGCACUUUCUCAAAUGAAUCUUGAAUAAUUAGUAUCUUUUGAUGAUACAAAUCAAUUUCUUUUUUAGCCAGAAUUUCUUGAUUUUUAAAAACCUUCAAGAAUACAUAGAGCUUUUUCAAAUACUAAAUGUAAUAAGUUUAAUACUUAAAUUUAGUUAAUGUAGAAUAAAAUGAAGUUCCAGAUGAAAUUAUUAAAGCUGCAAAAUAAUUUAUUUUAGCAGAUGCUUAAUUUUCUAAGCUAUAUCAAGUUUUCAAUGAAUAUUCCAAUUAUUAUGAUAAAGCCUUGGUCAAAGUCAUUACUAGAGAUAGAGAUGUGGAAUUAUUAAAUAAUGAAAGAGAAGUGCCUAGAGUAAAAAAAAUAUAAAUUAAUAUUAUAGAUUCUACCAGAAUAUCUCCAGAAUUUUUAUUAUGUUUCAAGUUUUUUAACAAAUUCUUUACUAGAAGAAAACAUUAUAGAUGAUAAAGUAGAUGAAUUUGAAGAUCUAGAUUUACCUCCAAGUCUCUCAAGAAGUUCAUCAAAAUUAAAAAGUAUACAUUAUUAAAUUAAAAUAAUUUUAAUUAGAAAAUUCCCAAAUAGAGUAUUAUUAUUCCGAAGAAGAAGAAGAAGAUGAAAAUAAUUAUAGUAGUAAUGCAUGAUUGGCAAUAGCAU